AUGAAAGAAAGAGAAAAUCGUCGUCGGUCAGUUCUCCCACCUUCUCCCGUCGCUGAUGCGACUGUCUCUCCUUCUCUGAGGGUGGCUGUUCCUCCUUUUGUGGAUGCAUCUAGGGCAUCUGCAGUCGCCACACCCUCUGAUCAGUACUUCGCUGAUGCUACUAAGGCUUCACAUUAUCAAAGAUGGUUUGCUGUAAGAGAAUUGUGGCUUGAACAUUCUAUAGUUUUGGAAGAUUUUCCUGAUUUGGUUGCACUUUUAAAGUCUAGGCGUUGGGUUCAUACAGUGUCAAAAUUAGUGUCUCCUCGUCCCAUUUUAAUUAGGGAGUUCUAUUCUAAUCUCGAUAAGUCUGUUUUAGAUGGGGAGAAUGAAGAUUGUCUUACUGCUUUUGUGAAGGGUAGUCGUAUUAAAUUUUCACCAUCCCCUAUAGCUCGUGUACUCAAAGUUCCAAAAGUGCUUAAACCUACAUAUGAUAAAUCAUACAGUCCAGCUCAAACUACCAUGGGUCAAGUUCUAACUGGACAGUCUGAUUAUGUUUGGGGGAAUCAUGAUAUUUCUGUAACACAGUUGACUCCAUUCUAUAGAGUUCUUCGUCGAGUGGCGUUAUAUAAUUGGUUUCUCAAUUCUAACCUAUCCUUUGUUACACUUGAGAUUGGGAAAUUUCUGUAUGCUGUGGGAACUGGGGUGUCCAUUGAUUUGUCCAGUCUAAUCUAUGAUCGAAUAGUUGAUGUGGCUUCCUCCACUGGUACUCGCAACAAAUUUCCUUAUCCAAGUUUGAUUCAACAGAUUAUUCAGCCUGCAAAACCACCAUUUACCACACAUGACUUCCAGGUUACGAAUCUUGUUUUGUCUAAAAAUUUUCUGGCAGUUGUCAACAAGAAGGUUCCUUCCACUGCUCCUUCUUCGAAGCCAUUUAAGCUCAAAGCUCCAUUGUUUAAGGGUUUUUCUAAUUCCAGUUGGCAAGUGCAGUUGUAUACAGAGUUCAAGGAUUUCACUAAGCGCUACAAGAAAGAUUAG